GUAUAUAAACACCCUCGAUUUUCAAACUAUCAUUAUUACAAUCGAAUAAUCUUUACAAGAAACAACUUAAAAAUGGCAUUCAAGCUCAUCGCAUUCACAGCUUUGUUAGCUGUAGCUCGUGCAGGAAUUGUACCGACUCAUGGUUAUGCUGCUGCCCCAGCAGUCUAUGCUCAUGCUGCCCCAGCUGUAUACUCCCAUGCUGCUCCAGCUGUAUACUCACAUGCCGCCCCAGCUGUAUACGCACAUGCUGCUCCAGCUGUAUAUGCUCAUGCUGCCCCAGUUCACGCUAAAGUUCUUGUUGCCGAAGCACCAGCAGAUUACAGUUUCCAAUAUGGUGUACAUGAUGCUCACACUGGUGAUGUUAAAGAACAACAUGAAGAAAAUCACGGAGGUGUUGUAAAAGGAUACUACACUUUAAAUGACGCCGAUGGUACCAAACGUACUGUUCACUACACCGCUGAUGACCACAAUGGUUUCAACGCAGUCGUACAACGUGAAGGUCAUCCAGUUCACCCAGUUGCCGUAAAAGCUGUAGCUCCAGUUGUUAAAGCUGUACAUGCUGCACCAGUCUACGCACACGCUGCUCCAGCUGUAUACUCACAUGCUGCCCCAGCUGUAUACUCACAUGCUGCCCCAGCUGUAUACGCACAUGCUGCUCCAGUAGCUGUAGCUCAUGCUGCUCCAGUCUAUGCUCAUGCUGCUCCACAACUCGCAUACGCCAGUCAUGGAUAUCAUCAUUCAAUAAUGGCAUUCAAACUUAUCGCAUUCGCAGCCCUUAUCGCUGUAGCACGUGCUGGACUUAUCCCAACACAUGGAUAUGCUGCCGCACCAGCUGUAUACUCACAUGCUGCACCAGCUGUAUACGCUCAUGCUGCUCCAGUUGCUGUAGCCCAUGCUGCUCCAAUUCACGCUAAAGUUCUUGUUGCCGAAGCACCAGCAGAUUAUAGUUUCCAAUAUGGUGUACAUGAUGCCCACACUGGUGAUGUUAAAGAACAACAUGAAGAAAAUCACGGAGGUGUUGUAAAAGGAUACUACACUUUAAAUGAAGCUGACGGAACCAGACGUGUCGUACACUACACCGCUGAUGACCACAAUGGUUUCAACGCAGUCGUUACACGUGAAGGUAAACCAGUUCACCCAGUUGCCGUAAAAGCUGUAGCUCCAGUUGCAGUAGCUCAUGCUCCAGUAUACGCUCAUGCUGCUCCAUUAGCUGUAGCUCAUGCCGCACCAGCUGUAUAUGCACAUGCUGCCCCAUUAGCUGUAGCCCAUCCAGCUCCAUUAGCUUACGCUAGUCAUGGAUACCACCAUUAAAUGUUAAAUUUGGUAUGAUUUUGUAUGAACUUGUAUAUAAGAAUGUGUGUGUUUUAAUAAAUUAUUUUAAAUAAUUCAA